GCCGGCUAUACUUAUCACUGCAACUGCGGUGCACUGUGGGCCUUGACGCUGACAGUCAGCCCUAUUUGGACACGGCUUCAGCCCCAGCCUGUCACUUUACCAAACGCCUUCCAUUCAUUAUCUAACACUCGCACAAAUCCCCCUUAUAUUUCUAUUUUUUGUCAGACUAUCAAAGAGUUUACUGAAGUUUCCCCUGCUGCUGUUGGCCGCUAUAUUAAGCGAGCUGAACAGGUACUUUCGGCCACAGAGACUCAGUCCUAUAAACGGCAACACAGUGUUUUAGGGAGCGGCUAACUUCAGGGCUUUUCUUAUUAAUAGGCGGCGGGCGGAUUAUUAAGCACGUACCCGGCGGUCAUGGCGAUGUUGUAGAAAGUGAGCCAUGCUGUAGCGAGGGCGCUUUUCGUUCUCCUCUUGUUGUUGUUUUCCUUCUCCUCAACCGUGCCGUCCUCCUCGCUGGACGCCAUGGUAUCGGGGGCAGGGUGGGCAAGUCAGGAAGGGAGCUGACAGCUGGGACUGGUGGGGAGGGGAGCAGCGGGGUCAUCCAUCCCUGCGCCCCUCUCUCGCGGGACUAGUGCUGCAACAAGUGCGUGGCCUGUCGGUGGGAAAUGGACUCUUGUUGUUAUAGUGUGAGAGGAACAAAAACGCGAAGUAUGUGAAGAGCAGUCACAUCCCCAUCACAGCAUGGUACACAAAGCCUAGUGCAGUGUAAGCAGUUGGUGAGCAGAGAGCAGGGCUGUGCUGUGUGGAACAUGCUAGUGGUGGGCAGACAAUGCAGCGGUCCGAGGCCUGACCAGCCCUCAGAGGGACAGGGCUCGCCUCACUGCGACAACAGCCCCCGUCUCCCUCCCUUCUUUUUUUGAGCUCCACAGCAUGGGCUCGGGGAGGACGCUCAAGUUUGCCCUGUGCGAGGUGCUGCAGUUCGCAGGCCUGUGCGUGCCGCUCUUCAUCGUCAUGCAGAGGUUCGCCGUCAUCGUAGCAAAGGUCAAAACGUCCGCGCAGCCGCCCCGAGACGGCAGCACGGCCUACUGGCUGAUCGUGGCCUCCUCCAUCGCCUACGUCACCUCCACCGCCCUGCUGGUCUGGGUACCCAUGAAGUACAUGGUCUUCGUCAAGAAGAAGUUUCUCAUCGGGAGGAAGAAGUGGAGGCCUGUGGCCCUCGUUUAUGUGAUCCUGUCCACAUUACCCUGCUUUGCCUUUCUCAUCGCCAGCUCUGAGGUUCAGAUAAAUAAUAACAUGACAUAUGAUACGUUCACGGAGCUCCCUGUGUCACUAGUCCUCUUCUCCCUCAUCUGUAUUGACGUUGUGGAGAGGAUACGCCACUGCAGACUGACAGGCCAUGCUAAUGAAAUGGAGAGAGAUGCCGACAUCCCCUCGACAGUCCUCACACAUGUGGAACAGGUAACCCCAGUAUCGCCUAUCACCCCAGCCGGGCCGGGGCCAUCUGUGCCCGGGCAGGCUGGGAAAAAUCCCAUGCAACCGGUACCAGGCCAGCGCAAUGACAGGAACCAGAACGGACCAGGGGCCCGAUCGGAAGCCAACGGGACCCUCCCAGGGAUACAUGGUAACCCCGGGAGACCGUUUAGCAUCUCUGGAUUAAGCUCACGAUCUGCAAGCACCUCAGUGUACCAUAUUUCUCCGUACGAAUACACGGGUCCACUGAGAUUCCUGUGUGCCAGCGACGCUCGUGCCGAUGUGUUCGUGGACAGCUUUAUGUUCUGGAUGGAUACCGUGGAGAUGGUGAGGGUGGCGGGGCAUCCCCUUGUCUAUUACUCAGGCUGGGUGUUCCCCAUCUACAUCUUCAGCUACCUGUCCUGCCUGCGGGUCGUGGUCAUGCCCCACAGCCCGCUGCUCCCCUCACUAGGAGUGGCCCUGCAGGACUUUCCGUUCUUCUUUGUGCGCGUCGGCCUCAUCGCCUUCUUUGGCUUCGUCACGCCCGUUCUCUAUCUGAUGAAGAACCUGCUGGUCUGCCUAGCGUUUGUUUAUUUCAACUUCAUGACCAAACUGAGGGUCUUCAACACAGAGAGGAUGUACUUUUGAGACUUCAAGAAAGACAUAUACUAGGAACAGGCAGAAUCAGGAAUUGAAGAGGUGGUUGCACCAACUUUUAAGUUCGAAUUGGCAACAAAGAGGAGACAGUUGGUCACAAUGCAUGAUGGUACUUUCCACGGGCCAAUAGGGUUCAAUGUUUUCCCAAAAAGGACCUUUACAGUGUGUGUCACAUGACUGUGUUGCGUAUCAUUUAACUUUCAUGUUCAAACAUUACUCCUCUAAACCCCUCACCAUGCAUGGCACUUGAGGAAUGUACCUGUAUUGUCAUUUGAGAGUUUAUAGCAGUUUCUUUCUACCCUGAUAAAGUGCAGUGAAUGUGAAAAAAACUAAAUCCAUGUCGUUUACAUUGAGUUUUUCUUUGCCAAGUUAUAUCCAGAACGGAACAACAUAGUGAGUUUGUAUCAUUGAUACAUAUAUUUUGCUAAGAUUAAUAA